CAAAAAUGGAAAAUCAAAGGAGGAGUAAUGAAUCUGCCCCUGAAGAUAACAAACUCACAAGGAAAUAUGACCUGGUUGAAAAAAUGCAGUACUUGUUUGUGAGGGUUGUGAGGGCCAGAGGCUUUCCCAAUGCCCAUGACCUUUGUGUUGAAGUCAAACUUGGAAACUUGGAAGCAACAACAAGGUUCUCUGAGGGCAAGUUUGUCUCCCCUGAAUGGAACCAAGUUUUUGCUUUUGAGGAAGAAAAAAUCCACGCUUUUCAUGUCGUUGUUAUGGUGAAGGACAACACAGACAUGUCAGAUGCAUACAUUGGUCGUGUUAAGUUCAUUGUUGAUGAGGUUCCGAAAAGGGUCCCACCGGAGUCUUCAUUGGCACCCCAAUGGUACAAGCUUGAGGAUCAAACUGGAACACAACUUGCUAGAGGAGAUAUCAUGUUGUCUUUGUGGAAGGGAACUCAAGCAGAUGAGUAUUUUCCCAAAGCAUGGUGUUCAGAUGCUACAGAUGCGAGUGGUGAUGCAUUUCUCUACACAGGCUCCAAGGUGUACCUGACCCCUACCCUUUGGUAUCUCAGGGUCAAUGUGAUUCAAGCACAAGACUUGUUGCUAAGACUUGAUCCUCAAAGUUCAGAUCUUUUUGUCCAAGUUGAUCUGGGAGCCCUGCGCUUGAGAACAGGUUUUUCUAAGAAUAAGAGUGAAAACCCACUUUGGAAUGAGGAUUUGAUAUUUGUAGCACAAGAACCAUUCGAUGACACCCUUGUUCUUAGCGUUGAGCAAGGGACGCUGGCUGAUCAUGUAAGCUUGGGAAGACAUUAUCUUCAAUUGAAAGGUGUGUACAAGAGACUAGAUGGUGCAGGUGUGGAUAGUCGUUGGUAUAACCUUGAUGAGACUCCAACAGCGGAGGUGAAGUUUGCUAGCAAGCUCAAUGCAAGGAUUUCCUUGGAUGGUGCCUAUCAUGUGAUGGAUGAGCCUGUUGAAUAUUGCAGUGAUUUCAGGCCUUCUGCAGAAGCGAUUCGAAAACCGAGCAUUGGGGUUUUGGAGCUGGGGAUACUAAAGGCAACUGGUUUGGUUCCAAUGAAGAUGGGAGCUAGAAUUGAUGCCUAUUGUGUGGUUAAAUAUGGCCCAAAUUGGGUGAGGACUAGGACAAUUGUGGACAGUCUUUCACCAAAGUGGAAUGAGCAAUAUAUUUGGGAAGUUUAUGAGCCAUUUACUGUCAUUACUAUUGCAGUGUUUGACAACAAUCAAUUAGAUGCUAAUAAUAGAGGAGCAAGAGAUGAAAUGAUAGCUAAGGUAAGGAUUAGGCUUUCCACGUUGGACCGCAGCAAAGUCUACACGCAUUCCUAUCCUCUCAUAAGUUUGCAACCUUCUGGGGUGGAGAAGGUGGGAGAAAUCCAUUUGGCAGUGAGGUUCUCUUGGCCAAUUGUUUCUUCACUUGACAUGUACAAAUUCCACACUUCACCUUUGUUUCCAAGACACCACUAUCUUUUCCCGCUGUCUCCUUAUCAGUUUGAUAACUUAAGAAACCAAGCUGCUCAUGUGAUAGCUCAGAGGUUAACAAGGGCAGAACCACCACUUGGGAAAGAGGUUGUGCAUUGCAUGUUGGAUGUGGGAUCAGACAUGUGGAGCAUGAGAAAAGGAAUAAUCAAUUAUAACAGGGUCAUGAGUUUCCUUGGUUACUUUGUUUAUUUCAGGACAUUGUUGGAGGACAUAAAGUCUUGGAAGAAUCCAGUAACCACAUUGCUUGUUUACCUUCAAUGCAUUAUUAUGCUCCUCUAUCCAGAACCCAUUUUUCCCCUGGUGUGUAUCUAUACUUUAUACAUUGGGUCGAAGCGAUAUUUCGAGAGGUCUAAGCACCCUGGCCACAUAGAUGCAGCAUUGUGUGGUGCUGACACAACAAGUCCUGAGGAUUUAGAAGAAGAACUUGAUGUGUUUCCAACUCAAAUUGGAGGGAGAAGUUUGAUUAAUAGAUACGAUAGGUUGAGAAUCAUUGCAAGGAAUACACAAAGAAUUGCUAAUGACUGGGCCACCAUGGGAGAGAAGCUACAAUCUCUUUGCAGUUGGAGGGAUCCAAGAGCUACACAAAUGCUUUUGAUAUUUUGUUGUGUUGGUAUGCUUGUGACAAUUAUUUUUCCUACUAAAAUUAUCAUCUUCAUUUCGAUCACAUUCUAUCUAAGGCAUCCAUGGUUAAGGAGCAGUUCGCCUUCAAUUCUUGAGACCUUGUUCAACAGAAUGCCCUCCGAAAAUGCUUUUAUACUGUGAUGACAUGGCAUAAUUCUUUCCCCCAUUUGGUCUUGGUAGGGUAAGAGUGAGUUUUGAAGCACUCAUUUCUUGAAAUCCAAAUGAAUAUGAUCAUGGGGAUGGCUUGUUAUUCUUCUCAGUUGUUUUCUAGUUUCAUCUUAAUUUUGUAUUAAAUUUGCCCAUAACAUAUUUUAUAAUAUUAUUCUAUCUUUGCUCAGUUUAUGCAUUUUAUGUGAUUUUGCCAAAUUACAAAACCAAUCAACCAGUGAAAUCGAAAAUGGAAAGAAUGCUGCUUUACUAAUAUGAGUAACACAUGUAAUCCUUAACGAAAUUUUCGCAGCUAACUUUCACAGUUAAAUUUGGGCCAAGCAAAUUGCUAGCUAAAUCCUUAACGAAAUUUUCGCAGCUAAUUUGCAGCUAGAGUC